CUGAAAGUCUCCACCCAUCACCGCUGACAUUAACGUCUGCUCGGGUAGACUUUGUGGACACGGGACAAGAAGUAAUGAGGAAUCUCGGGAAGCUGGUUCUUUGGUUUUGAGGAUUAUGUCAGAAAAAGUGCGAGAUUGCGUCGAGGAACGUUUGAGGAGAAGCUUGCGGAAACAUGUGGAAUUACUACCAUAAGACUCUUCUUUGUUGAGGGGAUCAUGGCAACGAACUGGAUCAUGUCCAAAGAGGAUUACAACCAUUCCUUGUUUGUUUCCGUCAGCCGAUGUCUGAUCAAUGGCAGACAUGAUUCACACACACCUUUCUGUUGCUAUGCGCUGACAUCAGCUUUCCGUAACAUUCGGUAAACGACCGUUUUGGGUUGUCUCUCCCAUGCCACUGUCAUCACCUGAAAUCUCGCCUUGGUGCCUGAUGUCUCAGUCGAGCAAUUCAGCGGACAGUCAGGCCUUGCUGCAGUCUAUGUUGGAGCGACUGAAGCUCCAGCACGGAAAGGAAAGGCCGGCGGAUGGAGCGGGAGCCGUCCAAAGCAACCACGUGUAUGAAUUUGGUGUCCGGACUGAAAGAUUUGGUGUAUCGUCUGUGGAUAGCAGUCUCAGCCACAAAGACGGAGAGAGUCUGCAUUCGGUUGAUAGCUUCCAACAAGGUCACUGUCCCCUACCUUUACAGAAAGACAACAUGGGUGCAAACAUGCUGGAGAGUGAGACACGGAUAUUUAAUGACGUCCAGGCCCCAUGGGACAGCCUAAGUGGACGUAAGGACACAACCACUGAACAGGACCAAGCGUUAAAACACAACACUUAUGACUGGUCAUGGCAGAGCACAGGUUUUACCGCAGACAGUCAAGGGAAUAAAACCUUUCACACCGUAAAUGGAGGGUAUGCCAGUUUGUCUAAAUCGAGAGACAUGCCAAUGAUGCCCAAAAAAGGCGUUAGCCUGACCGCAAGACAGCAACAACGAUCGUCUCAAAGCAAAGCCAGGCGGUGGACUGAGAAAAUCAAGGAGAAAUGGAAGGAGAAGUCCAGUUCUAAGAAGGGAAAGGACGAGGCAAAAGACCUAAGUUUGCCAUCAAACCACCUGGACAUUACACCACCGAAUCAGGACGCAGGAAAGAGCCUCCCUAGCCCAGGCAGCAGUGAAAGCCCGGUUACACGAUCACAGGACGACGAUCUUGACACGUUUAUCAGAUCGGGUGAGGACCUACAGUGUGGUUUUAGCUCUGUCAGCUUACUCGAGGAGAUCGUCUCAGGUCAAGAGUGGGCCAAGUUCCUGAACCCCUCCCUCUCAGCCCCCUCAGCGAAUCAGAGGCCACCAGAGGAGACUCUCAGCGGCCUCAGUGCAACAACAACGUCUAAUAAUAAUGGUCGACCCGCCUUUGUUCCGCUCCAACCUGGAGGUUCGGACGGGCAGUGGAGCUUCAGGGAUAGCGAGUCAUUGCCUGUCUAUAACUCCCAUGCAAGUGGGAACAUUACAGAAACACAGAACCACACAGGUCACAGUGAGGAUUACCACCCACAACCAAUGGAACAAGGACAAAGCCAAUCACAGGAACAGCUGGAAGAGAGUGGACGGUUGCAACCCAGGACUUACGAUGUGGAGCGUCCAGACAUUCUGGAAGACUUAUCGCCAAUCAGCAGGUUCAGCAGAAAGAGACACUAUCACUUAGCAGUGACUCAAGUGGACUGGACACAAGGGACCAUCAUGUCUACCCCUAGCAGCGAUGCAAUGGAUGACUCAGAGGAGCAUCCCCUGUCACCCUUCUUCAGGCAAAAUGGAGCCUCUGUUCCGUCCCCUUUUUAUCCCAGUGCUCCUCCACCAACACGAGGAGUCCUCAAAAACUCCGGAUUCCUGAAUUCCGAUUACGCACAGGAAAGCAAAAGGGUAAGUGUUUUUGAAAGUAUGGGAGGCAGUGAUCAAGGAUCUACCUUCUGACACCAUGACCAAAAAAAAUUUUGGACAUGACUGUCAGGCUGAUAUAUUUUUGAACUUUCUGAAGACGGGCCAUUGUACCAAACAGGUGCCCUAUUCCAAUCUUUCUAGAGAUCUAACGAUACUUCACUGAUACACAUCCCACUUCUGUCAUCAUUUGCUACUGAACCCCUGAACUGGGAUUACCUGAGUUUACCCAUUUCAAUCAUGCGAGUAUUUUCAGUUUCAGCCUUUCAGGGGUCGCAUCAAUGCUUACUUUUUGUGCCAGAUGCUCUUCCUGACGCAGCACGGAUCAGGAACCAAACCCACGCUCUCUGCCAUGAAAGGCAGCAGUGUGUACUAUUACACCCCCAGUGGUACUUUCCAAUCCUUCGAGUGCAUCACCCAUUUAUAUAGUCUAUUGGACAUGGGCUACCUGUCCCAGGGUCAGACGGGCCCCUCCCUAUACACAGACCAUGCGCCUUGUGUAGAGCCCCAUAUUGCAUGAAGAAGCACAUCACGUCCAUCAAUGAAUGGCAGGGAGUUUUACCGUAUGGUACAUUUCCCUAGACACUACCGACAUCCUUACAACUAACCAUCCCACUUCUGACACCUUUUGUCACUGGAACCUGUACACGAAACAGGGCAUAUGGGGACUGAAAAACCUGUAAGAUGAUGACAUGGUUGUCAACUUGCAGAGGGGUUACCUGUCUGCGGUAUCCUGAUUCCUUCGGCA